GGAAGGAAUAGAGAGAAGCGCGUAGAGUUCACUCCCCCUCUUCUUAAGCUUUUCACUUCCUUCCCAACGCGUUAUUUUGACUGCGAGGUCAUCUGACUUAUCUCUCACCUUUACCUUUCGAUCGAUCGCCUUCUCUUUGACCCGUUUUGGGCGAUAAUUUCCACCUGGUGCAGGAGAAAGUUAGCACCUUUGUUAUUAUUUCAUCGGACGACCUAGUCGGAGGAAGGAGAAGAAGAAGAAGAACGGAACAAUAUGGUACAAUCUUCCUGUUGCAGGUCGAUUGCCCGCUUUUUCGGUUGGCGCGGUGGCGGAUCUGGUAGCGGCGCCGCCAUCAGCGGCGUCGGUGAUGGCCUUCUAUGGCACAUGGAACUGAAGCCCCACGCUUCCGGCGACUUCUCCAUCGCCGUCGCUCAGGCUAAUUCCUCCCUUGAAGACCAAGGUCAGGUCCUCACCUCCCCUUUCGGUACCUACGUCGGUGUCUUCGACGGCCAUGGUGGCCCCGAGGCAUCCCGAUUCGUCAAUACCCGCCUCUUUCGUCACCUGCAAAAAUUUGCUUCGGAGCAAGGGGGUUUAUCGGCAGAGGUCAUGAGGAAGGCUUUCGCUGCGACGGAAGAGGAGUUUCUUCAUCUGGUCAAGCAUUCUUGGCUUAAGCAGCCUCAGAUCGCGUCGGUGGGAUCCUGCUGCCUUGUGGGAGCGAUUACGAAUGACAUGAUAUAUGUGGCUAAUCUGGGGGACUCACGGGCGGUACUCGGCCGGCGGGCGACGAGCGGUAAGUCGGUGGUGGCGGAGCGUCUGUCGAGCGAUCACAACGUUGCUGUGGAGGAGGUGAGGAAGGAGCUCACCGAGAUGCAUCCAGAUGACUCCCACAUAGUAGUAUAUACCAGAGGGGUUUGGCGGAUUAAAGGGAUCAUACAGGUAUCGAGAUCCAUCGGCGAUGUGUAUUUGAAGAAACCAGAUUUCUGUAGGGACCCAUUGUUCCAGCAGAUUGUUUGCCCCAUUCCCCUUAAAAGACCCGUCAUGACCGCAGAACCCACAAUUCAAGUUCGCCGCCUUAAGCCCAAUGACUUGUUCUUAAUAUUCGCUUCCGACGGCCUCUGGGAACAGCUCAAUGACGAAGAUGCAGUCGAAAUAGUUUCCAAGAAUCCCAGAGCUGGCAUAGCCAAGAGACUAGUGAAAGCCGCCCUCAGCGUGGCUGCGAAGAAGAGGGAGAUGAAAUACGACGAGAUUAAAAAGAUCGAUCGAGGGAUUCGGAGGCAUUUCCACGACGACAUCACCGUCAUUGUUAUUUACCUCGAUCAUAGCCAUGGUGAUUCAUCAAAGCAUAAUGGCGGCACCUUUGACUCCACCAAUGCCCCCAUUGAUAUCUUCUCCAUGAAAGCUGAUGAAUCAUGAAAUCGUUAUUGUGAAUCCGUGACGGCGCAGCUGAAAGAUACGGACUCGCAUCUUUGUGAAUACGGAUUCGAUGAGUGGGGAGCGAUUACAGGAUGGAUUAGUUUCUGCGGUGAGGUUGAAUAGUGGAUGGGUGUAUAGAUGUAAUUAUCUAAUUUGAAGUGUUCUUAAUGAUAUGGUUUUUUUGAGUGAGUUGGUAUGUACAGAGCUGGAGUUUGUGAGAGAUGUUUGAUAUUUUGCAUUUUACAGUUGAAAUAGAGAAAUUAUAGUGGUUGAUUCUUCUUAGAAAAUGACUGCAUGGAGCUAGAGAUUUCUGAUAGCUGAGAUGUAUCUUUGUACAGAGCUAUAAUAAA